AUGAGUUCAUCCCUUAUGAAAAAAGAAGACCUGGAAGAAUUUAAUAUAAUUAAANAAGAAUUGUUUAAAAAGUUAGGAGAAGCUGCUGCUAUAAUAGAAUUGCUACAGAAUAAAAUAAGCCAAGCCACAGUUGUGGAUAUUGACGAUUAUACAGUAUCUAGUAGCAAAGGUGCUUCUUUUAUUUUAUAUAAUUGUGGUCGUUUAUCGACGUUAUUUAGAAAUUUCGAAAAGAAAGUUUCCGAAAAGGUGUACCCUCCAUUGUCCAGCGAUAUUUCAGACGUUAACUUUGCUCUUUUAACAGAACCGGAAGAAUGGCAUCUUCUGUACGUGUUCAUAGGUCAGUUUCCCAUAGUCGUAGAGAACAGUAUCAAAGACCUCUUCGUAGGCCACGUGAACAUCCAUCAUGUGUGUUCAUUUUUAUCGAACAUGUGUUCUGUCUUCAGCGUAUAUUACAGCAGAGUACGCAUACUGAUGGAGCCGAGAAAUCAUUUGUUUCCACUUUUGUUUGCAAGGCUGUACCUUCUUAAAGCGUUGGAAAUCGUUCUACACAAUGGUCUGAAUUUGUUAAAUAUUCAACCUGUAAAACAAAUGUAGAUCGCAAAUCAUCUUUUGCUACAGACCAUCGUUUGUUUUACGUAUUGUUACUCGUUUGUUAUUUUGCAAGUUUAAAAUUGUUUUAAAACAAAAUAAAGCUGUUUAUAACAAACGAUACGUUUUAGUGAUUUUACAUGGCGUUCCUUAAUUCUUAUCUAAUUUCCUCCUGCUAUCGAAUCAAUUUGUGGGCAGUAUCAGCUUCGGUCGCCAAACCUUUAUUGAGAAGAUAAAUUAUUACCUACCUUUGUACUUUUAAAUACUUUUCGCGUAAUACAGAAACAAAUAAAAAUAUAUUAUUAAUAAUUUUGUUUGCCGAUUUAACAGACAUGACUUCGAUAAUAAUAAAAUGACAGAAAAGUAAACAAUAUAGUCACGUUUCUUCUUCAAAUAAUAAUUGACAUAAGUAAGUAUUCUUGUAUUAUUUACUUACGUGUAUGUCAUACCUACCUGCCUUUUGCUGAUACAUUAAAUAACGAAAAUGAUAAAACGGUUUUAACACAAAUGUAAACAGGCAGACGAUGUUGUUGUUUUUUUAAAUUCUUCUGAUAAAGGUCGCAUUGCGAUAGAGUUGAUUAUACUUUUAAUAUGUAUUAACGAUAAAUUCUAUUAUCGUCUUUUUCUUUUACGAGUUAACAUCAAUACGUAAAAGGUCAUGCAUUUUGUUAA